GGGAGAGUCCUCCGAGGCUCAGAACGCAGCUGGGCGGGGCUAUCGUAGAUCGGUGUCACGUAGUGGCAGUGCUGGCCGCCGGGCUGCUCGGGUGAAAGAGAGUGUGAGCGGGUCAUGUGUGAGGAGAGCGCGGCCGGUGCGGUGGUGUGUGCACCUCCUCCUUCACCACAGAUUUGUUGAUUUAAAAAAUACCAACACACAAGCUGAGGAAUGAAGUUCAGAUUCCUUUUUAUUCUACUGUGACAGCAAUGUAUCGCAAGAGGAGGUUUGGGAGUCCUGAAGAGAUUCGUGAAUGGAAGCGAAGGAGGCGGUCCCCAAGCUGGGAACGCGAUGAUAGUUAUAGACAUCAAGAGCAUCAUAGAUCACCACCUAGGUCACGUUCCAGGGGGAGGGCAACUUAUUGGAGGAAGUCUUACAAGACACGAUCCAGAGACGUUAGUGACACUGGCAGUCUGUCAUCUCACAGUGAAAAUUACUAUAGACGGUCCCAUGCAGUAGGGAAAACAAAGACUGAAAGACAUAAUCAUGGAGCCUCUCGCAGACGCCGCUCUAGGUCAGGCAGCUACUCCUCCUCGAAGAGCCAGCGAAGUGCUAAGAGCAGCCAGAAUGUAGAAGAUGACAAGGAAGGGCACCUGUUGUGCCGGACUGGAGAUCGCAUCCUGGAGAGAUAUGAAAUUGUUGGGGAUCUGGGUGAGGGAACAUUUGGUAAAGUGGUAGAGUGCCUGGACCGUGACAGAGACAAAACUCCUGUAGCUCUGAAAAUAAUACGCAACGUGAAAAAGUACCGGGAAGCAGCCUUGCUAGAGAUUAAUGUCUUAAAGAAGAUUCGAGAGCAAGACCAAGAGAGUAAAUACAUGUGUGUGUUAAUGUGGGAUUGGUUCGAAUACCAUGGACAUAUGUGCAUUGUAUUUGAGCUGCUGGGGAAAAGCACAUUUGAUUUCCAGAAAGAAAACGAUUUUAUGCCAUAUCCACUUUGUCAAAUUCGGCACAUAGCUUACCAGGUUUGCAACGCAGUGAAAUUUCUGCAUGACCACAAGCUGACUCACACAGAUCUGAAACCAGAGAACAUACUGUUUGUCAGUUCAGAAUUUAUCAAUGCUUACAAUGAGGAUAAGAAAUGUGAUGAGAAACGUAUAAAAAAUUCCAGUAUCCGUCUAGUAGACUUUGGAAGUGCCACGUUUGAUCACGAAUACCAUACUACGAUCGUGGCUACGCGCCACUAUCGCCCUCCUGAGGUUAUUUUGGAGCUGGGCUGGUCUCAGCCAUGCGAUGUGUGGAGCUUAGGAUGUAUCCUGUUCGAAUAUUACACUGGCUACACUCUCUUUCAGACCCAUAGCAACCUGGAACACUUGGUGAUGAUGGAAAGAAUUCUCGGGCCAUUACCUCGACGUAUGGUGUACAAAACCAAGAAACAAAAGUACUUCCAAAAUGGUGCCUUGAUCUGGGAUGAGACAACUAUAGAUGGUCGAUAUGUCAGCAAGAAUUGCCACCCUUUACGAACUUUCAAGACUGGAGAUUCACCUGAGCAUGCUGAGUUUUUUGACUUCCUCCAUAAGAUGUUGGAAUACAGCCCCACACUGAGGAUUUCCGUGAGUGAGGCCCUUAAGCAUCCUUUCUUCAGCCACCUGAGCCCAGAACAAAAGACUCUAGGAAGCAGAACCUCAAGGGACCUGAGCCGAUAGGAAGAAAUGGCAUUUGGAUUACCCCCACUUCUGCCAUUCCGUAAAGUCUUCCAACCGUCAUAGCAAAGGUCACGUAGGGGGUGGACUUGCAGUACUGCAUUUUGGAUUUGUAAGCAAAGCUAAGACUUAUAAAUAACAUUGCACAUUGCUGGCAUGUUAUUCAAUAUGACUGUCCAAUGCCUUAUUGUUACUAUUGCACAUGGGAACUAUGCUAGUGAAACAGGAGCCAUUGAUAACUGUUGAAACAUCUUUACUGCUGAGUGGAUAAUCACUGUAGCUAAGAAGACCAAAUGAAUCCUCCCUCCCUUUCAAGCUGAAGAUGCAAAGUAGUGUGAACACGGCGGAUCGAUGUAAAAUUCCUCACUUUACUACUAUGUAUACAUUUGCAAACUCAGGGAUAUAUUGGGGAGGGUAAAAUAUUCUUCAGUAGUGCACAUCAAUAUGAUGGUGAUCACAACUACGGGGCUGUAGGAUAUGGCAUGAGCUAUUGCCUUGUACACUUGGCUCACUGUUUUCACAUGUAGCAUGGAUGGGAGGGAUGUAACUAUUUUUGUAUAUGAGGGGAUUAAAAAUAAACUUUAAAUGGUCGUAAUUUU